CGGGCAAACAAACACCCGAAUUCACAAUCAGCAGUUUCUGAAUAAUGGGCGUGGCUUGGAUCUCGUGAUACAAGGAAAUAAAAGGUGCCAGCCGGGUGUUAUUUAUCUCACUUUCGAAACUGACGGAAGCCCAUCAAAGGAAAGGAACCAUGGACGUCCGGACUCGUUUUUUCGUGCUGCUUUGCUUGAUCGGACUCACCUGUGCGGAGCCAGUGAAAUUCGUUGACUGCGGUUCCUCUUCUGGCAAAGUUUCCUUAGUGGAGAUUUCCCCUUGUGCCAGUCAGCCAUGUCCGCUGCAACGAGGACAUUCCUACACUGUUAAUGUGACAUUCGACAGUGCUGUUCAGAGCCAAUCGAGCACAGCAGUGGUUCAUGGCGUCAUUGCUGGGGUUCCCAUCCCCUUCCCCAUUCCCAUCGAAGAUGGCUGCAAGUCUGGCAUCCAGUGUCCCAUCCAGAAGCAGCAGACGUAUCACUAUCUGACCUCUCUUCCUGUAAAGUCAGAGUACCCUACCAUAAAGCUGGUCGUGGAGUGGGAACUGCGAGAUGACAACAAAAAAGACCUGUUCUGCAUCCGGUUCCCAGUUCAGAUUGUGAACUAAGUUGGCUAAAGUACUACUUUUGAUACUUUCUUUUUUUUAAAGGGAUUCAGAUUAGAGUAAAGAAAUGUUUCCAGUUCAGAUUUUAUUUUAUUCAUUCAUCAAAUUGAUUCUUUUAAGACUCCUGUCUUUCACUGGUUUGCAAUAACUAGUUGAACUUGCACAUUUUGACUCCAGCUGAAAUAAAAUACUAAUCUCUGCAGUGACCUUCCUAACGGUUUCUUUUGAGUGAGAUAGAUUUGACUAGUUUGUAUUUGUCAAUGACCCUCAACCACUUCCACCACUGCAGCACAAUUGUCUUACUGUCUGCUCUGUAGUUAGAAAAAUUGCAUUCUGUAUUUUUUUUUUUUUUUU